CUCUCUCUCUCUCUUCAAAAGAGACUAUAAAACACACCAAAUUGAAACUACAGGCUUAACCACCAUCAUCAACAUUUUUCCCCAAAUCCUCCCCACUGAAAGGCGAGCUCUAUGAAUUAAUCACCGGCUUCAAUAAAAUUAAUUUCAUCGGCGAAAUUAUCAACCGGCGCCGGAGUGAAUAUCUCUGAAUACUGAAAUUGUCCGAGAAUGGAUUGUAAUAAAGACGAAGCUGUAAAGGCUAAAGAAAUUGCCGUAAAGAAGUUCACGGAGAAGGACUUUCGAGGAGCCAAGAAAUUUGCUUUGAAGGCCCAAAAAAUGUUCCCCGAUCUCGAAGGCGUGUCUCAUCUCCUUGCAGUAAUCGACGUUUAUCUUGCAUGUGAGAAGACAAUAAACGGGGAAUAUGACUAUUACGGGAUCUUUGGCGUGGAUCGUUUCGUCGAUGUACAAACAUUGAGGAAUCGUUACAAAAAAAUGGCUUUGGCUCUUCACCCCGAUAAAAACAAAUCGAUCGGUGCCGUUGAAGCGUUCAAGAUUAUAUCUGAAGCGUGGGAAGUGCUUUCGGGCACGUAUACGAGAAGCGCGUACGACUUGAAGCUGAACAACGUAGGAUCUUCGAGUCAGACGACUAAACCUCAGAACGUACCUACUCAACCACAUAUUCCAGAAUCAACCACUCGACCACACGUUCGAUGGGCAGCCAGUGGGCCCACGAGCGGGCCCACUCGGCCACAGACUCAAGGCAGUGCCACUAAUCUGCAAAAUUGUCCUUGUUGUGGGCAAUCUAUUUUGGCGAAUGCUAUAAUAACCUGUCCAGCUGCUUCGUGCCAGGAAUCUGUCAAUGUUCUGAAACGAAAGCUCGAUGAGGUAAUGCACAUCGUAAGUUGUAUCAGUGCUAUGGUAAACGAUGGCAGGACCGAUUCAGCGAAAAUGCGACGUACAAACGAUCGUAAUUAGCAAAAGGUGGUGUUAAGAGAUCAUAGCCUUGUAACGUUCUUUACGUAAUAGGCGUUAAUAGUUUUUUUUUCUUUCUUUUUAAGCGUAUGCAGCGUUAUCCUCUGGUAGGUUAGAAUCGCAAUUUGGGGGACGGAAUGCAAAAGAACAUAUUAUACAUACAUACAUACAAUAUAUAUAUAUAUAUACACAUAAUUUUGCAAUGAUCUUGUUUGGUUAUCUCUCUCGAAUUGGUAUUUCUUAUAUUUGUUAUGUUAGUUCGUUCGUAGAUUUUUGCUUUGUUUUCUUUGCUGAUGAUUAUUAUGUUUAGGUUUCUCGAGUUCAUUGUAAUAACGUAUUGCGAGGUUUGAUUUUUCGCGCCAAUUUUUUUGGAUUUAAAAAUCUCGUUACAACAGUUAUAUCAUUUGUCGGUUUGCAGCGGUCGUAUU